GACACGUCCUGAGUCUGUUCGUGUCCGCCUCUGUGCUGCUCUCCUCCGUCUCCUCCGCUAGCUUAGCCUGCUAGCUGGCAGCUCAGGUAAACAUGGCCAUGUCCCAGGCUCUAUCAGAGGAGGAGUUCCACCGCAUGCAGGCUCAGCUGUUGGAGCUGCGGACUCAGAACUACCAGCUGUCUGAUGAUCUCAGGAAGAACUCAGCAGAGCUGAACGCCGUCCGUCAGAAGAAUGUGGUUCUGGAAAGAGAUUUUGUCAAAGCACAGAAGGCUCUGAAUAAAAGCAAGAAAGCUCAGGAGGUGGAGGCGUUGCUGAGUGAGAAUGAGAUGCUUCAGGGGAAACUUCACAGUCAGGAGGAGGACUUCAGACUACAGAACAGCACGCUGAUGACUGAACUCUCCAAGCUGUGUACGCAGAUCGAGCAGCUGGAGCAGGAGAACAAGGGUCUGAAGGACGGAGGAGCAGCUGCUGCGUCCACUCCGCCACCCAACCCCACCUCCAGCCCCGUGGACGGAGAGCUGCUCCGCCUCCAGGCUGAAAACUCCACCCUGCAGAAGAAAAUGAAAGCGCUCCAGGAGCGAUAUGAGAAAGAGCUCCAGAGACAGCAGGUCGCCCAGGGCAACCAGAGCGCCACCACAGAGAGCGACGGCUCAGCCGGCGCCAACGGAGUCUCUGAUGUCACAGGGAGAGGGGAGGAGCCAGGAGCAGAGGGAACCAAUGAGAGACUGGAACAGACGGAGGCUCAGCUGGAGCACAAAGACAAACAGCUGCAUGGCCUGUCAGAGAAGAGCGUAGAGAAGAUUGUAGCUAAGCAGGCAGCGCUAGGCUGGUCGGCUGCUCUCUGUCCAAUAACUCACUGCUUUGGACCAGAGCUGGAGAUGGCACUGAACACCGAGCAGGAGGAGAAGAGGCUGCUGAGGGAGCAGAUCCACAACCUGGAGGCGUCCAAACAGGCUGAAAUCACCAAACUGCAGGAAGAGAUAACGAAGCUGUCUGACAAAUUAAAGAAGAAACAGGAGAGUUUUCAGCGUCUGCAGGGAGAGAAGGAGGCUCUGUACAACGACAGCAGGACAAAGAUCGAUGAGAUCAACCAAAGGAAAGAAGAAGAGCUUAAGGCCACAAACCUCCGUAUCCAGAAACUACAGUCGGACGUCAUGGCAACCAAUCAGGUGACGGCUGAGCUGAGAGAGCAGCUGCAGAGCAAAGACAAAGAACAUGAACUGGCUCUGCACACCCUGAAAGACCAGGUAGCCAGUCAGAGCGCAGUCAGUCAGGAGCAGGUGGACAACAUCCUGCAGGAGAACGAUGCUCUGAGGACAAACCUAGCUGCUCUAGAACAGGAGAACAGUGCUCUGAGGACUAAUCUGUGCGCUCUUGAACAGAUCCAGACGGUGAAGACGCAGGAGAUGAAUCUGUUGCGUGAGCAGCAGGAGGCGCUGACAUCCGAGCUGCAGCAGAGACGAGCCGAACAGGAGAGUCUGCUGGCUCAGAGGGACGACCUGGACUCUCAGCUGCAGGAGUCGAGUUUUGCCAACAGGAAGUUGUUGGAGCAGUUAACAGAAGAAGGACAAGAGAAGGAUAAACUGCUGAGAGACCUGGACGAGGCCAAGAAGACAGCAGAGAAGAGGAAGGCGAUGUUGGACGACAUGGCGAUGCAGCUGAACCAGGAGAAGUCUGACCACAAGGAGGCGCUGUCAGACCUCAAACUGCAGCACGAGAAAGAGGUCCUUGGGGUGAGGGCUCGAUAUGAGAAGGAGCUCCGCGGCCUCCAUGAAGAGAAGAAUCGGUCUGAGGAGGAGAUCCGACAGCAGCUCAGAGAUGAAAAGGCUCGGACGAAGGAGCUGGAGGGUCUCCAGCAGCGGGUGGAGGAGCUGCAGGCUCAGGUUCAGUCCAUGGAGGGAACCAAAGGAUGGUUCGAGAGACGCCUGAAGGAGGCCGAGGAGAACAUUGAGAAGAACUCUCUGGAACAUCAGGAGGGGAUCGAGCAGCUGCAGAAAGAACACACACUUCAGCUGGAGGAGAAGCAGUUGGAGAUGGAGGGAGUGAAGCAGCAGCUGGUGGAGGUGGAAAAACAGAAGGAAGAACAGAACGACACCAUCGGAAAACUCAAACAGGAGAUAAAGGACACUGUGGACGGUCAGAGGAUUCUAGAGAAGAAGGGAAGUGCAGCGCUGAAGGACUUGAAGCGGCAGCUGCAGCUGGAGAGGAAGAGAGCCGACAAACUGCAGGAGAGACUCCAAGAGAUCCUGACCAACAGCAAGACCAGGACAGGUCUGGAGGAGCUCGUCCUGUCAGAGAUCAACAGUCCCAGUCGGACUCAGCAAACCGGAGACUCGUCCUCAGUCUCCUCCUUCUCCUACAGAGACAUGAUGAAGGAGUCUCAGCCCUCCAAUCAGAACAAGUCUGGAGGCGGCAGCCCUCAGUCCCAGCGUCCUGCUGAACUGUCUGAUGACGAGGUCGGCGAGCUGUUCCUGCGACUGGCUGAGGUCCAGCAGGAGAAAUGGUUGCUGGAGGAGAAGGUGAAACAUCUGGAGGUGAGCUGUUCGUCGAUGGCUGAAGAUAUCUGCAGGAAGAGCUCCAUUAUAGAGACCUACGUGAUGGACAGCCGCAUAGACGUGUCUGGCAGUGCCAUCGGGGGUCACGGAGCCUCUCAGGGGGACAGAGGAGGUCUGGGCUCGGUCCUCAGGGAUCUGGUGAAACCUGGAGACGAGAACCUGAGAGAGAUGAACAAGAAGCUGCAGAACAUGUUGGAGGAGCAGCUGACCAAGAACAUGCACCUGCAGAAGGACCUGGAAGUUUUGUCCCAGGAAUUAGUCCGUCUCAGUAAAGAGAGCAGUCCUGGUGGCAGUGCAGCAGGAUCGGGAUGAGACUAUCGCCUGAAUCUAUCCGUCCAUUCCCUUCCUUCCCACUACUGUUCACCUCAGCUGGGCUCAGACUAACACCUGGAACCAACAUUUUUAUUUCCUCCUCCCUCCCCAUUCCCUGCAAUCAUAACCUGCUUCGGGCUUGGACUAAUGUCUGGAGCCACUACGAUUUCACCAUCUCAGUCUGCCUGCUGGACUGCGACUCAAUACUGGAAUCUGUUGUUUCU